GCACCAUGUAUCGCGCCGUCCGGCUCCUCGCGCGCUCGCGUCGUCUCGUGCGGCCUCCAGGCUCAGCCUCAGCGACCGGCCUUAGAGCGGUGGCCGUCCUCCCACUGCGGCCCCCGAACUUCGCCCGAAUGGCAAGCCAAAAUUCCUUUAGGAUAGAGUUUGACACCUUUGGUGAACUCAAGGUCCCAAAUGAUAAGUAUUAUGGCGCCCAGACUGUGAGAUCUACGAUGAAUUUUAAGAUUGGAGGUGUGACAGAACGCAUGCCAAUCCCAGUUAUUAAAGCUUUUGGCAUCUUGAAGCGAGCGGCUGCUGAAGUAAACCAGGAUUAUGGUCUUGAUUCAAAGAUUGCUGAGGCCAUAAUGAAGGCAGCAGAUGAGGUAGCCGAAGGUAAAUUAAAUGAUCACUUUCCUCUUGUGGUAUGGCAGACUGGAUCAGGAACCCAGACAAAUAUGAAUGUAAAUGAAGUCAUUAGCAAUAGAGCAAUUGAAAUGCUAGGAGGUGAACUUGGUAGUAAGAAACCCGUGCAUCCCAAUGAUCAUGUUAAUAAAAGCCAGAGCUCGAACGACACAUUUCCCACGGCAAUGCACAUCGCCGCCGCCAUGGAAGUCCAUGAGGUGCUCCUGCCCGGACUGCAGAAGCUGCACGAUGCUCUCGAUGCAAAAUCUAAAGAGUUUGCCCAUAUCAUCAAAAUUGGGCGUACCCACACACAGGAUGCUGUCCCUCUCACCCUCGGGCAGGAAUUCAGUGGUUAUGUUCAGCAGGUGAAAUAUGCGAUGACGAGAAUAAGAGCCACCUUGCCCAGGAUCUAUGAGCUCGCAGCCGGAGGCACUGCUGUCGGCACGGGCUUAAAUACUAGACUUGGCUUUGCAGAGAAGGUGGCCGCCAGAGUGGCUGCACUCACAGGCUUGCCUUUUGUCACAGCUCCAAAUAAAUUUGAAGCUCUGGCUGCGCACGAUGCUCUGGUUGAACUCAGCGGAGCCAUGAACACCACCGCCUGCAGUCUGAUGAAGAUCGCAAACGACAUUCGCUUUCUGGGGUCUGGUCCCCGCUCAGGUCUGGGAGAGCUGAUCUUGCCUGAAAAUGAACCAGGAAGCAGUAUCAUGCCAGGCAAGGUGAAUCCGACCCAGUGUGAGGCGCUGAGCAUGGUCGCCGCCCAGGUCAUGGGCAACCACGUCGCCGUCACCGUCGGGGGCAGCAAUGGCCAUUUCGAGCUGAACGUGUUCAAGCCAAUGAUGAUCAAAAAUGUGUUACACUCAGCCAGGCUGCUGGGGGACGCGGCCGUUUCCUUCACAGAAAACUGCGUCGUGGGAAUCCAGGCCAACACAGAGAGGAUCAACAAGCUGAUGAAUGAAUCUCUAAUGUUGGUGACAGCUCUUAAUCCUCAUAUAGGGUAUGACAAGGCGGCAAAGAUUGCUAAGACAGCACACAAAAAUGGAUCAACCUUAAAGGCGACUGCUAUUGAACUUGGCUAUCUCACUGCAGAGCAGUUUGAUGAGUGGGUGAAACCUAAGGAUAUGCUGGGUCCAAAGUGAUUUAAAUAAAUUCAUAAUAAAAAUAAUUAUGUUCUAUAAAAGAAAUGAAAAAGACUCCUUCUUGUUCUUAAACAGAAAUGGAUGAAUGUGCAAGGAAUCUGCUCCUGAACUUGAAUGUCUCUAGCAGAGCAACUUGGUCGAUAUAUAAAACCCCCCCAGGAUGUGCUGGGUCCAAAGUGAAUUUGGAAAGUGUGAAAUGAAGUGAUUAAAUUGUAUAAAGUCAAAGAAAACGGACUCAUUUUUCUUUUAUGUUAAUUGACUGUUAUAGUCGAUUCUCAUUUCUGUGUGUGUGUGUUUAUUACUUCAUCUGUUUUAUAAAAGAGCCAUAUCAAUUUUU